AUGACGACGUCAUUGGCUCAACAGCUACAAAACUUGGCUGCGCCGCAAACGUCGGUUACGUUAGCGGAUGCACGCAGCCGUGCCUCAAUAUUAUUCAAUCCGAAGGAGGCAGCGACCAAAGACAGACGCGCCAUCUACGAGAUCGGGCUGAGCGGCCUGCUGGAGUUGACUGCCUUUAAUCCAACGUUCAAGGAGUUUCAGUUGACGCUCUUCGAUGAGGCCACACUCACGCUGGAGCGCGCCGUGGAGCAGUCGGAUGUCAACAAGUUGCUCGAUGCUUCAAUUGCGAAAUUUUUGCGCCUCUUGUCGCCUUAUUUUCUGCUGCGCCCGGCGCACAUGUGCUUUGAGUGGCUGUUGCGCCGCUUCCAGGUGCACGAGUACAACCGUCAGGAGGUGAUGGCCCUGAUAAUGCCCUACCAUGAGACAAACACAUUUGUGCAGGUGCUACAGACGAUGCGACUGCGCCAGUCGGACGAGGAUUGGUUCUGGCUGCGUCGUCUGCAGCGACCCGGCGUGCCGCUCUCCAAGACGGCCAUAGUAAAUCGUGCAGCGAGCGUGCCUGCGUUCCUCAGCUUCAUUUGCCGCAGCACACGCAAAGCGGUCAAGGAGCUGGGUCCGCGUGCUCAUCAGCUUCAGGCGCAGCUGAAUUUUUAUGCCACCGUUGUGGUGGGCGCCCUGCAAACGGCCAAGCCGCUCGAGGACUGGCACAUUGCCACCAUACUGGAGUCGCUGCUCAAGGGCCUUGUCUCGGACACCGUAGACUAUGUGGCCGCCUCAUACGUGAUUGUCGCCCAGCUCGUCUCGCGCACCAAGCUCAAGACAAAGGUCUGUGAUGCGCUGCUCGAGCGUGUGGCCAACUGCACCUUCGAGCGCCUGCACACGACGGCGCUGCUGCUGCUCAUCUGGAUACACGACAAGCAGCAGGCGGCAAAGCCGCAGUUCACGCCGAAAACCAUGCUGAAUCUGGUCUGCCAGAAAUGGUUAAUAACCGCAUUGGCCUCGCUGGCCAAGGAGAACAUUGCCAUUCAAGCUAUUUGCAUGCCGCUAAUGCGCGGCGCCGUGGCGGCCAUACGUGAGGGAGAUGCCGCCACAGCUUCACAUCAGCAGUUCCUCGACAAUCUGUUGGCUGAUGUGCCCUUCUCCAAGCCCACCGCUCAGCAGCUUAUCAAUUGUUUCCUGGACACUUUUGUGGACGUGGAAGCUGAGCAUGAAUCCACGCCCAUGGACACCAAUUCGAAUGAGGAUGAAGAGGAUACUAUUAUCAUUGAUUCGGAUGACGAAAUGAUGCCAGCCAAAACCAAUUUCCAGACAUGGUACACAGAGUUUCUGGAGAAACUCGAACGUCGCUAUCCGGAGGCCUUUGACUUGAGCGUCAAGACGGCCCUAAGUGCCAAAUCCAAUACGAGCAAUCGACAUAAGGCUUUAAAACUGGCCUUAGGCUUUCGACUCAACACAAACGACGAGAAGGCGAAACGGGCAUAUGAGAAGCUCUACCAUUACAGCGCCGAUUGGCGCCUGGGCGCGGUGCAGCAGCUGCUGCAGAACCUGAAAGUGGCCAAGCGGCGGGAGCGCAGCUAUCGCCUACUGCAGGAGUGCCUGCCCGAUCGGAUCAAGGACGAUAGCCCGGCUGUGGUCUCGGCGCUGCUCACGCUGCCCACCGUUGACUUUGUGGAGAUGAUGGGCGCCGCAAUCUUUGCCCAGACGCUGUGCGAGCUGCUGCAGCGUGCUCAGCAGCAGCGCGGGACGCAAUGGGAUGCGGUGGUGCCGCAAGUGGUACAGCAUCUGACCACAGCCGCAGUGAGCGACAAUUACGAUACAAAUCUGCUGCUGCUGGCCCUGAUGCCCUAUCUGUUUCCCUGCGAUGCCCUGAACGCCAGGGAGCAUGCCGCCUUGCUAAUCAUAUUGAGCAGCAAUUUCGCCAGCAAGCUGCCAUUUCUGGGGCAGCUGGAGGUGAGCACGGAGCAUGGCGACUUCAAUGUGUGUCUGCAUCGCAAAAAGUUUCUCGAUGUUAUCGCCAAUGUGACGCAAGCGGGCAAACAACAGCUGGCGCUGCUCGAGAGCGUGGAGCAGCAUGGCGGCGUUGCCUAUUUGCGCGGUGAGGCGUCUCAGCUGACGCACCUGCUGCUGCUGCUGACAGCCUAUGCGAAACGUGAGCUGACCACCGCAGAGAGUCUGCACAUGCUGCAGCGCGUGGGCGUCUACACGCAAGGAUUUCAGUUUCGUCUGGCCAAGGAGAACGCCAGCCAGGGCAACGGCAACAAAAAUCAUGUGCCACUUCAGCUGUACGCGGACUUUUUACAAACCGUGGCCAAGAAUACAAAGUUCAGCGAGCUUGCAACGUUGCCCUGGACAGAGUUAAGCGAGGAGCUGCGCCUGUGCCUGCUGCUGCUGGACACGCUGAGCAGUCGGGUUUAUGCCGAGCAGUGUGCGCCCGUCGAGCGCAGGGAAUGGACGCGCUCGCUCAAGGAUUGCCUGAAUCACAUGCUGCCCGAGGCGCAACACAAACUGGAUUUCCUAUGCAACUUUUAUGUGUACGAGACGCUGCCAGAGCUGUACAGCCAGGCCGAGGACUAUGCGCUGUUGCGCGUGCGCGGCUUCCAGCUGCUGCAGGCGCUGCUGCGUCCGCGGCCGGCUGUGGUCAGCUGCAGCCUGUUGCACGUGCUGCGCAUCGCCAAUGCAUGCAAUUCGCCGCUGCAAACGUUGCGCCAACAGGCGCUGGCCACGCUCCAGCUGCUCGAGCUCAAGCAGCUGGAGCCACAUGUGGCCCAUCUGGUCGAAUGCCUGCUGCGACGCCAGAGCGAACUGUGUAUGGAUCACGAACAAUACGCGCUCAUCCUGCACACAAUAUUGCAGAGCAGCAAAUGCACGCCGCGCGAGAAGCUGCUGCUGGCCAAGCUGCGUCGCACGCUGCUGGAGCUGGUUUGCGAUGUGACACAACCGGCCAUAUGCACCGCCUCGCUGCUGCGGGCGUUGAAACACAUGAACAACGAGGCGCUGCUGACGGCACUGCUGCCGUUGGGCGAGGCAGCGCUGCAGGCGGCGUCCAGGCACGAUGCCAGCAAGGACACAUCGCAGCUGGCGCAGCUAAACUGGCCAUACAGCGACAUCUACUGCGCUGUCAUCGAACGCUUCGAAGGCGCCGUGGGCUUGGGCGUUCUCAAGCACCAACCCGCCGCCUGGCAGCUGCUGGAGGCGAGCUUUAAGCAGCACACGACUUAUGUGCAGCUGGAGCAAAAGCUGCAGCCGCUGCCCUGCGUGCUACUCAACUCGCUGACGCCAGAGACCUACGAGCAGCUUCAGAGCCAGCAUAAGGUGAAGCUGCUGCAGCUUAUUGUGGAGGCGGCCACUGCAUCCGACAACGAUAGCAUCUUCCUGGCAGCCCAUCGCCUGCUCAAGCGCUGCAGCAUCGAGUGCCAGCCCCUGGUUGGCAUGCUGGCCAGCAUGUGCAGCAAGAGCACGCGCAUCAUCCCGGUCAAGCAGCCGGAGCGACGCCGUGGCGCGCCAAAUACCAAACUGGAUCUGACAUGUGUGACCUGGAAGCAGGGCAUGACGCUGCUCGAGCUGCUGGAACACAAGAAGCAGCUGGUGGGCGCCGAGCAGCUGAUACCCUCGCUCUUUGAGCUGCUGCAGCUGUGCCUGCAGCUGGAGGAGCACAGCGCUGCCGAAUAUCCCAAACAACUAAUCCUAUCCGGCCUGCUGCACUGCUGCGAGGUGUCGCAGGCGGCGGGCGUGCAACUGUCCAAGGUGCUGCCCGAAUCCUGUUUCCGCAUCGAGCAGGUGGUCCAGUGUCUGCGCAACACACAAAAUCCGCAGACGCAGCAGCAUGCGCUGCUCUUCCUUACGCGCUGCGCCGCCCUGUAUCCGCAGCAGGUGCUGCACAAGAUUGUCGAGAUCUUUACGUUCGUGGGCUCCACGGUGGCUCGCCACGACGAUGCCUUCAGUCUGCACAUUAUCAAGAACGUGGUGGAGACCAUUGUGCCCACGCUCCUGCUGCAGUCUGGCGCACAGCGCGAGCGCCUUGUCAUUGCCGUGCUGAAGGUGUUUGCGGAUAUAUGCACGGAUGUGCCGGUGCAUCGUCGCCUGCCGCUCUACGACACGCUCUUCCGCGUGCUCGAUCCCCGCCAGCAUCUGUGGCAGUUCCUGUGCAUCAUUUUCGAGUCGCAAAUGCUGAUGGAACAGGCGCCCGCACAGUCGGGCAAGCAGACCAAAUCCUUGGACAAGUCGCGCGUGGAGUUUGCACGAGAGCUGACACUGAUGUUCGAGCAGCCCGAGGUCAUACUGGACACGUGCAUACAGCUGCUCGACUACCUGGCCAAGCUGCCCAUCAACAAGGAGACGCAAAGCCAAGUCCCGGCAGCCGGCAACAACAUCUCGCCCGAACAGCAGCUGUUCGAUGUGCGCACGCGCAGCUUCAAGCAGCUGCGACACUAUAAAUAUCUCAUCAUGGACUAUCUGUCCGGGCUGAGCAGCGCCGUCGAGUUCCAGACCAAACUGGGCAGUCCCAGGACGCAGCAGCUUGAGCGGCUGCGGCCCCUUUAUCAAAACUUUAUACUCAAGACACUUGCCUAUGUGAGCGUGGUCAAUAAUGCUCUGCAACUGGCGACGGGCUCGUCAUCGCCCUCGCUGGAGAAAUAUUGGCGCGUGCUGGCAAAUCAUGUGCACGAUGUACUGGACAAUGCCAUUGGGCUGCUUUCGCCCGAGUAUUUCCUCAAUGUGAUCACGAAGCUGCUGCAGCACGAGCUGAUCUAUGUGCGCAUCAAGGUGCUCGAGCUGCUGGUCACCAAGUUGACGCCACCCAGCGAUUACUUUGCCCAGUCCCAGGCGGCGCACUUUGGUGUGCUCUUCGAGCCGCUGGGCGCCAUCAUUGACGGCGUGCUGGACACCACGGGCGGCAGCAAUGCUCAGCAGGCGCAGCUGCAGCAGACGGCCCUGCACGCCAUGCAGCUGCUGGCCCAUCGCCAUGGACGCGACUAUGUCGAGGAGUGUCGCACACUGCUGGCCAAACUGACGCGCAUCACCAAGCGACGCGCCAAUGUGCCCAAGGCUGUCGUCGGCAAUGUGGUGCUCACCCUCGUCGAGAUCUGCGGCAGCAUCAAGGCGCACGCUCUGGCCCAGCUGCCCAAGUUUGCGCCACAGCUAACCGAAUUGCUCAAGGAACAGGUGCAGCUGCUGCUAACCCAACGACAAGCGCCCGACUAUGUCUGCUCCGCUCUGGUUACAGCCAUGCACAAGCUAUUCAUCACACUGCCGCUCUUCCUGGGACCCUAUCUGGUGGAUAUUAUCGGCGCGCUCAUAAGACUCUCGGUGCAGCUGGAGAGUGCACAGCUGGCGCUGGACAAGCGCACCCAGGCACUCAAGCUGCGCAUUGUGGACGUGUGGACGGCGGUGGCGCAGGGCGUUGAGGCUCGCAUUUUGGUGCCCAGCUGUGCCAAGACCUACGAAAGUCUGUUGGAGGCGCAGGCCUACGACGAGCUGGGCAUGCUUAUGCGCCAGCUUCUGCUGCCCUGCAUUAAGCACAAUGGAAAUGCCGACCUACAGGCCGUGCAGGAACCGCUUUCUGAGCUCUUCCUUCAGGCGCUUGAAUUCCGGCUGCAGGUGCGCGGACGUCAGCUGCAGCGGCAGCGCAUGACGGAUAUUGAGUCAUCCGUGAUUGAGACUUUUGUGGCCUGGAUACUUAAGCUGUCCGAGACGAGCUUCCGGCCCAUGUUUGGUAGGGUUCACAAGUGGGCCAUGGAGCGCAAGGAUCUGGAACCGCAGCUUACCUACUUCCUGCUGACCAAGCGCAUUGCCGAGGCGCUCAAGUCGCUGUUCGUGCUCUUCGCCGGCGAUUUUAUCGAGGAUGCCGCACGGCUGCUGCAGGAACACAACACAUUGCGUCAGGAGCUGGCCGAAGAUGUGGAUGUCGAGAAUGUUGCGGAACUGCUGUCGGCCAUACUCAGCACAUUGCAUCAUGUAUUCCUGCACUGCAGCAGCGACUUUGUCAACGAUCAUCGGUUCCGCACGCUGAUGCCGCCGCUCGUGGAUCAGCUGGAGAACAGCCUGGUGCUGGCCGGCGAUCGCGAGCAGCUGCAGCAAAAUCUGAGCGACUGCAUUGCCCAGCUGGCUGCUGCCACCAACGAUGUGCUAUGGAAGCAGCUCAACAACCAGGUGCUGCUCAAGACGCGCACCAGCACGCCCGAGGUACGCAUCCUGGCCUUCAACACCAGCGUGGCCAUUGCCCGCAAGCUAAGCGAAAGCUUUGCCCCCCUGCUGCCGGAGACGGUGCCGUUCAUAGCCGAACUGCUCGAGGACGAGCACGAUCGUGUCGAGAAGAACACGCGCAGUGCUGUCCAGGAAUUGGAAACUAUUCUCGGCGAACCCGUGCAAAAAUAUUUAUAAGCUCAGGUCAAACCUUCUUCAACUCAAGAUUUAUUUAGCCGCUUAAAAUUUCCGAGCACAUCAUGCAAAUGGACUAAAUAAUGGAUUUUUACUAUGCAAGUUCUAUAAAAACUUGACUUAAACAGAAGAAUUUUUAAAAGGAUUUAUCCAAAGUACUACAGAGAAUUGAGAUCUUUUAAAACUUUUCGUGAACAUUACGAUUUGUAUUUUUAUUCAAACACAAAUAAUAAUACAUACUAUAUUUGCAAAUUUAUUUGAUAUAUCAGCCUUAACGCAUCUUUGUACUAUUCCAUUUGCAACGCAUUUCCACUCUUUCGGAAAAAUCCAUCGCCAAAGCUUGAAAAUGGAAUUGACAGGUUAAAUGAGCGAAGUCCAAUUUGCUUAAAGCCUCUUUAAGAUAUAGUAUAAGCCGUUAAUCAAUCACUAAACAAAAUCUAUUUUAAAUAUUCCAUCCACACGAGCGGAAAAUGAGUGGAGACUAAAACUGAAACGCAAAGUUUAUCAUCAAGAGAAAUGCCUACCAAAUGCAGUUAACUAGAACAUGAUUCUAGUAUAUAUAAAUGAUUUAUUGUCAGUUUUUUUGUAU